AUUUGACAUGCCUGAAGCACGCAUCCCAGUGUUACAUCAGCGUUCUGGGUGCAGAAUGUUGAAAACAGAGAACCUCUGUACCCAAACUGACAUCCACUGAUCCUUCCGUCGUAGAGCAGCAUCUCAAUCCUCAACCGACCUGUCUGCCCAUCCAUAUCAGUCGCCGGAAUCUGAUUCUUCGAGGGUUAUUUGACAUCUGAAUUUCGGCAUUCAAUUUGCCGGAGAUGGAAAAGGCUCCACGCCUAGACCCGGCGAGUUUGGAGUCUUUUGCCAAUGACCUGAAAGAGGAUACGCGUGAGCCAUUGAUGUCGAGGGUUUCGAGCCUUCCCGCCGGCCUUUCAGCUAACAAACAGAGGAGGCGAAAACCUCUUGCCAAGACGGUGUCUGCCCCAUGUCGCCCCGCCCGCCAAUCUUCCUUUAGCCGCGACUUUGGCCAUGCAGCCGCCGAGACCUAUUUGAUCACUCGUCUUUCCUUCAAGCUUCUUAGCUAUCUCGGGGUAGGUUAUCGUUGGAUUACACGACUUCUUGCUCUUGGUAUAUACGCUAUGCUGCUUAUGCCUGGAUUUCUCCAAAUUGCGUUUUAUUACUUCUUCUCACCCAAUGUACGAAGAAGUGUUGUUUAUGGGAGUCAACCAAGAAAUAGAUUGGACUUAUAUUUACCAACUGAUAGAAAUGGUUCAAAGCCGGUUGCAGUAUUUGUCACUGGUGGGGCAUGGAUUAUUGGGUACAAAGCAUGGGGUUCUCUCUUGGGGAAACAGUUAUCUGAACGUGAAAUCAUAGUAGCGUGUCUUGAUUACAGAAAUUUUCCACAGGGAACGAUAGGUGAUAUGGUGGAAGAUGUUUCUGAGGGGAUCUCAUUCAUAUGCAACAAUAUUGCUGAAUAUGGAGGUGAUCCAAACAGAAUUUAUCUCAUGGGUCAAUCUGCUGGUGCACAUAUUUCUUCAUGUGUUCUUGUGAAGCAGGCAAUUAAAGAAGCAAGAGGGGAAAUGGUUUCUUGGAGCGUUUUGCUCAUUAAGGCUUAUUUUGGCUCAUCUGGGGGGUAUAGUUUACCGAACUUAGUUGAUCACUUCCAUGGUAGAGGGUUAUACCGUUCUAUAUUUUUGAGUAUAAUGGAAGGUGAAGAGUCAUUGCAAAGCUUCUCCCCAGAAGCUUUGGUGCAGGAUCCAAGCUAUAAGGCUGCAGUGUCAUUGCUGCCUCACAUUAUCCUUUUCCAUGGUACUGAAGAUAAGUCCAUACCUUGUCAAGAAAGUAAAAGAUUUUUGAAUACCCUUUUGCGAGUAGGGGCUCGAGCAGAACUGAUAUUGUAUGAGGGGAAAACCCAUACAGAUUUGUUUCUUCAAGAUCCACUAAGAGGUGGCAAAGAUGAUCUUUUUGACUACGUGGUUGCCCUAAUACACGCUGGUGACAAAGAAGCUUUAGAUCGGGAUGCUAGCGCACCGCCAAGAACACGACUUGUUCCUGAGAUUUUGUUAAAGUUGGCUCGAUGGAUCAGCCCCUUUUAAAAAGGUAUCACCUUUGUGGUUCUUAAAAAGCAAUAGAGCUCUCAGGCACCACUGGGGGUCCUUUCCAACAGAGCUCUGAAGUGAAGUACAUUGCAGCAGGGAGAGGCAGAGAAUCAAGAGGGAAUGAGAUGAAGUUGACAAUUGUGUGGGAUGUGUGCGCUGUGAAAGCAUAGUAUUUAUAGGCACUUCAGCUGGAACUUCGUAAAUUUCAGCAGAAUCAAUCAAUUUUCGUAUUACCAAACGGUCUCCUAAUCCAAUUGAGAUAAGCAAUCGGGAACUCGGAAAACAGGCUGAAGCUUCCCCUGGUGGGAGACGAUGGACGGGUAUACGUCUGCUCGGGAAGAAACUUUUUUGCGUUUGAAAGCAACGGUUCAAUUGCUUGGAGUGUAGCUCUUAAUCACACUUGCAGUCUUAAGAUUGCUCCUGUUAAUGGUGGCUCGAGAAAGAUAUAUGUGGUUGCGGAAGAUAGAGUUCUGAAAAUCAACCCCUUAAGAAUUGGGGGUUCGCAGUCUGCUGUACAAGUUUUCUUUGGGGCGAAACAAACAGGUGAAGAAAGCUGGGGAGAGAUUGUCGGCAUUGCCGUGAGCAUAUUCAGUUCUCGGGUCGUGAUCACCAUCAAAAGAAGAGGAUUGUUUGCUUAUAAGCUGCAUGGGAAACUGGCAUGGAGUGCUGGCCCAGUAAAGAACCAACAUGGGUUUCGCCAAGGCUGCAGCAAAAACCUUGAAGACUGUUAUUUCUCUUCUGCUCCUGUGGUUGAUCAUUGUGAAGCUCGUGCCUAUGUCUUGAAUAAUGGAGGAGAGCUUUAUGCUGUUUCUACUAGCAGUCCUCAUUUCCUAUGGAUAACGGAUUUGAGCACAUUUGGAAACAUAUCUGCAAUUACUGCUGGGAAUAAUGGUUUGGUGUAUGUUACUGUCCCAGAUAAAGCUCUAAUCCUAGCCCUAGACGCUUCCAGGGGGGACAUUUUGUGGCAAGGAAGUAUUGGACCAUUAAGUAAUGCAGAUUACACCCCCAUCAUUGAUUCUAAUGGUUGGGUUUCUGUCGGUUCUUUGGAUGGUUUCGUGUAUUCAUUUUCACUGACGGGUGUGCUCAAGAAGUUCUCUACAGUGGGAGACCAAGACUCUGUCAUCCAAGCUAGUCCUAUCCUGGACUGCUCAGGUUAUGCAAUCUAUGUUUCACAGACACAGAUGGAUGGAAAGGUUAGCCAGACAAUUGGGAGUUACACUUACAUUUCAGCUAUGAAACCGAGAUCAGUUACCUUUAUCAUGCUGGUUCCAGCCACUGGAAAUUUGCUGUUGUCUGAGAAAUACCCUGGUCUGUUCUCAUCUAAGCUGGUUGAUAGCGAUCUCAAGCAUUUCAUUUGUGAUGAAAAGGUCAUUCUAGCUUUUUUUGCUGCUUCAAAGACUAAUAACCCAUUCCAAUGCAUUAGUACGCGUCAGAGAUUUGCAUACAGUUGCUCACAGAUCAGACCUAUGACCACUGACAUUUACACGAGUAAUGAGAGGGCAAUUGUCUUAUUUCUGUGGUUUGAAUCGGCUUUGUUACUAGUUUUGGCUGCACUAGUAAGAUUCUGUUGCAUCUUCUGGAAGAAGAAGAAGCUCCAAAGUCGACAACUUGGAGGAUUCCUAGAAAAGAGACGCUCUCUUCGACUCCAGAAGAAAGCAUAUGACAGGACAAUAUCUGAGCUUGAGCAGAAAGCUGCAAAGGAAGCGGUAAGGAAUGAAAUGAUAGAACAGCUAGGGGAUUUAAUGAAGGAAAGGGAAGGCAUAGAGAGGAAGCUCUCAACAACAUAUAGCUUUGGAAGAGAUGAAACCACAAUCAUGAGAGGUUCAAAAUCACUGCUUCCUUUAUCUGAUCGAACAACUCGGAGUUACUCUUUUCAAGACGGGAACAAGGAGAGCAUCACUCUCUUUCACACUGGCAGUGGUGCUUCGUCUAAAGAUAGUGAGUCUGAACUUGCUGAAACCUGGAUUUGCAAUGAUGAUGAUGAUGAGAUUUGUGAAGAUGAAGAGUAUGAAGCAAGUCCAUCAAGCUCUAGUUCGAGUUCACAUGGAGUUACGGAGGCAACAUUGGAUGAAAAAGGGGAAGGGGUGUCACAUCAAAGUGUUUUGAAGCGUAGGAUGAGAUUUUUGUCAUCAUCAAGCAGCUAAAUUUAUCGUACUUGAAAAUCACAUUGCAUUGGAGUAAAUAUCUUUAUUUUGCGUUCUGUAUUUGAUUGAGAUUAGAAUGUUCCUUUCUUUAGCUUCCCAUUGUAACUUUUUUAAGUAUUUUAAGUUAUCUACCUCAGGUCUCCCAAAGUUUGAUGGUUACGUCAUGAUACAUGGUACUAGUUUUUGUAACGUGUGUUGCGCGAUUGGCAUGGUGCCCAUUUUAUGUUGCCUUUAGUCUAUACACAGCUUUACUAGU